AUGCAUUUCCCUGAUGAGGGUGCUGGUGGCAAGUGCAACAAAGACUUUUGGGGAAAAUGGGUGCCGAGACGUGUGUGCCACAAUGCCUUCGUGCUGUCCUUGUGGGCCUUCGUGUGGCUUUUGGGCACCUAUCCAUUGGGUAGGCCAUUGAGCGAGGGAUGGAGGUUCAUGUUCACCGUGUCCUUCUUUGCUCGUAUCGGAUUCUCGGCUGCCUGGAUGUUCAUCACGAACUUCACCCACUCACUUCCUUGGAACGAGUUCUUGGCACAGGACCCAGGCCGCACAUGGCCAGUGCUUCACAAUGUCAUGGCUUUGGUGUUGGGUGGUAAGCACCACUGGAAUGAGAUGUUGUUCCACGACGUUCACCAUGCUUUUCCCAAUGCAGUGGGCACAUUGAGCCAGCGUGGGCGUUUCCAUGGUUGGGAGAAGGUGCAUGACCCAGCGGCUGAAGUCUUGCACCGUGGCCUUUGGAAACCAAACGGUGAUGAGGAGACCCAGAUGCAGAAGACGCAGAAGAAACGUUCUCUCAUGAUGAAGCAGGGCAAAUGA